ACGUCUUUUCUGUUCGGGAGUAUUAUGGUCUGUCGGGAAUUCAGAGUGGCUGGGACUGGAGAAAAAUAUCUGGCCAGCUAGCGUAGACCAAGCUAACGGGAGUAAACAUGGAGCUGUCUGCCGUCGGGGAGAGGGUGUUCGCCGCCGAGUCUAUCAUCAAACGGAGGAUAAGGAGGGGUCGGAUUGAAUACCUAGUGAAAUGGAAGGGCUGGUCUCCCAAGUAUAGCACUUGGGAACCAGAGGAGAAUAUUUUGGACCCCCGCCUCUUUGUCGCUUUCGAGGAGAGGGAGCGUGAGAGGGAGCUCUAUGGGCCCAAAAAGAGAGGACCAAAACCCAAGACAUUUUUACUCAAGGCUCAGGCCAAAGCUAAAGGCAAGUCUUACGAGUUUAGAAGUGAUGCAGUGCGAGGGAUGCGUGUCACCUACCCAACCCCAGAGCCGGUCAUCACCCCCCGGGCCAGGGAGGGCCUGAGAGCCGUUGUUCCCACCAUCUUCCCGCCCAGCACAGUCAACCGUGGGGAGAGCGUCCGGGUGCGGCCACCAGAGCCAGCCCGGGAACACCAGCCGCCCUCCCUCCAGCAAACAGGCUCCGAUGGACUCAUUCACGUCCCUAAAAAGAGAGGUCCAAAGCCUAAGCUGCGCUUCAAAGACAGCAACUCCAACCCUGCCGCCUCCGAGUCCCACAAGAGGAGGGCAGAGGAGCAGGGGAGCUACAAUCCACACAAACUGGCCAAGCUGCAAGUGGGUGAAGAGAGGGGCAAUGACAUGAGGCUCAUUAAAAUGUCCCACAGACACCCAGAGAACCACGGCCAGGCCCUCAAACACCACCACCACCAUCAUCAUCAUCAUCACCACCACCAACACCAUGCACACAUCCGGGGACUCUCCGGCGGAGGCACAUACAAGCAGCUAUACUCGGAGCGCAGCCUGCAUCCACACAGGACAGACGCUGACACACACAGGACUAAGGACGGCUGCAGCUACCUGGCGCCGGCGCACUUCAAGCACCAGUUCAAAAUGAACCAGAGUCCACCUGCAGUUUUUUCACAAAUGGAUAAACCAUCCUUCUUGGACAGGCCGUCCCCGACCCGGCUUGUUGACGACCUGGACGAGGUGACGUGGAGGCCGUCGCUCAGCAGCGUGGAAAAGGUCCUGGUGACGGACGUGACCACCAACUUCCUGACCGUCACCAUCAAGGAGAGCAGCACUUCUAAAGGCUUCUUCAAGGACAAAAGAUGAUUCCGUGACUCAUUUCCUUAUCCACUUUGUCCGUUGUUUUCUCAAACUUGUUUCAAAAAUCAUUUUGAAGUUUAUAUGGUGUGAUCACGCAGCGCAGUUUUUUUGUAUGUAAUGUAUAAAGGCAAAUUAGUAAAGAAUGUGCAUAUGUGUAUAUAUUACAAAGUUGGACGACUAUUUAAUGUAUUGACCAAAUCAAAUGAAGUCCAUUUCACAAACAUGCAUCGGUUGACAUGAAAGAGUUGCAUGUAUCUUUUGCUGCAGCUGGCUACCUUGUGUACAGAGCUUGUGAAUUUGAUUAUUUUCCAAGGGUAGCGAUUUUUAGAAUCUAAAAUUUGUGUUCAAUCUCAUGUUCCGGUUUGGGAUGUAGAGCAGCUGUGUUUGGUUUCACAAGUUCAGCUCAUAGCCUACUAAUAAACUGAGAAGGAGGUAGGCCAGGCCUAGACAUGUAGAUCAAGUUUGUGGGUUGAAUAUUUCUCUGAAAUUUGAAAUGAUCGGGCUGUAUAGAGCCUGUUUGAUUAUGUAGGCCCUAUAUUUAAAAAAUAGUAAUAAAAUGUUUUUGAAGCACUUUUUAUUAACAAGAAUUAAUCAAAGAAUCCGUUUGUGUUGUGUUAAAAAGAGCGAGCCCGCACCAAAGGUCGUAGCGGCCUGUUUCUGACGGGGUUCAAAUAUGAGCAAAAAUGGUAAAUUCAAGACGAAAACCUUGCGAGUUUUUCCAAGAUGCAUUGCUACGUUGUUUUUUUUUUUUUUUUUUUUUUGCAUUAACAUAGUAUAUUCAUACAUUUCAUAGAAACGUUCAUUAAGCUUUGAUGUCUAAUAAGAUAAUCGCAGAGUUGGUGUCAAACUGCUUUUUAGACGCUUUCCAAUAAAUUCUUUGAAUUUUCUCA